AUGGCUACCCCAUCAACGUCAGCAGCGACAAGCAACUCAAAGGCGCCCGUCGCCCUCAUAACAGCUGGCAGCGCCGGCCUGGGCGCAGCAGGAGCCCGUCUCUUCGCGACGAACGGGUACCGCGUCAUCGUCAACUACAACUCCAACACAGCGCGCGCCGAGGCCCUGCUGGCCGAGUUGCAUACCAUUUCGGGCGGCGCCACCACCGCGACCGACUCAUUGAGCAGCACCUGUGGUAGUACGCUGCACAAGCUCAUCAAGGCCGACAUGGGCGACCGGGCGCAGAUCCAGGCCCUGGUGGCCGAGACAGUAGCCUUCGCCGGCGGCAUCGACGUCAUCUUUAGCAACCAGGGGUACACGCACAUUCGCGGCUGGGAAUCGCUCGAUGACAACAUCUUUGAGGACGACUGGGACCGCUGUUUCAACGUGAACGUCAAGAGUCACCUGUGGCUGCUGCACGCGGCCAGGCCGUAUCUCGAUCAGGUCGAGGGCUGCAUGGUUGUGACAUCUUCGCUUGCCGGGAUCAAGCCAGGAGGGAGCAGCUUGGCAUACUCAGUUACUAAGGCCGCAUUGAACCACCUGGUCAAGGGUCUGGCGGUGCUGGCAGCACCAAAGAUUCGGGUGAAUGCCGUGUGUCCGGGGUUGAUGUUGACGGACUGGGGUUUGAACUUCUCAAAAGAGGUGCAAGAAGCCAAUAUCGCCCGGACAAAACUCAAGCGUGUUGUAACCCCAGAGGAGACAGCCGAGCAGGUUCUCUGCUUUGCGAGGAGCAAAGGGGUCACUGGUGUCAAUGCCGUUAUCGAUGCCGGGUGGUCCCUGUAA